AUGAAGAUAAACGUCCGAUCAACGGAAGUAAUACGUCCAGUUUUACAGCACCUUCUUGCAGCCACUGAUGAAAUAACAUCACCAGUGGUACUUCAUGCAAAUAUUUUUCGAUCACCACGAAGUAUUGAAGUUAGAACACAGAGUUAUUAUCCAGAUGCAACACUGUCUAUUGGAUGGACAAAGAAUAACAUUACUGAAAUACCGCUUCGCCAUCGCAAAUUCGGUUGGCGUGAAGUAUUUAAAUUGUUAUCACUGAUUAAAGAUGUAGAACAGGCUGUAAUGAUAUCACUUCGAUUAACAGUUGCUGUUCAUUCGACCGAAGAAAUAUCUUUUUUACUUGGAAUUCGUGACACAAUUGCUGUAUUAAUCUGGAGUGAUGAUACUGACGUAAUUGAUGACUGGUCAGGAUUAGCAUCGCUUCGUUCUGGUGCCUAUAAUCAGCGAAUUUUAUUUGACUUGGAUGAAAAACACCGCAAAGUGUUACACUCACUACCAAAAUCACUAAUCAUUACUGAAUAUCCGUACAACAAAGAUAAAUGGCGAAGUAUUGAAUUUCCAUAUGCUUCUUCGACAACAUCUGGGGUCAUCGAGAGUAACGAUGGAGCUGCUUUCCUUGGGUGGCCAAACUCAUUUCUGGUAUCACUGCAAAUACCACCUGUGUUUCCAAAAACACAAACCGUUGCUGGAAAAUUAACAUUUGUGCGAAAAAAGUACUUGCGCGAAGAGAAUCAGUUGGGAAAAUCUGGACUAGUAAUCUAUUUGGUGGACAAAAUUAUUGAUGUUCAAAGUCCAGAGAUUGACUAUGGUGUAAAGAUUUUUAUUGGUUAUAAAGGACUAAUCUCAAUCGAAAAUCGAGACGCCGUCGAGCAACAGUAUCAAACACGAGCUGUCGGUCAACUCAGAAAGGAAAAUUGCUAUUAUUUUGAACUAAUUGACAGGUGA